AUGGUUGGGAAGAGGUCAAGGGCAAAAAGAAGGAUCGGAACCAGCGGCAACAACGUAGUACUCAGGACGGUAGCAGCGAGGACCGACCAGGUCAGGGGCGCGAGGGUCAGACGCCCUGGCGGGGCGGAGGUCGGGCCCGGGGAAGCAGAAGUGGUGAUUAUGGAGGUCAACGGGGCGGACGUCAAUGGGGUGGAGGUCACGGAGGCGGAGGUCGAGGAAACCGGCAGAGUGCGAGUGAGACUGCCUCCCCGUCCCGCUUACGGCACCCUUGGCAAAGAUGUCGAGCUGUGGACCAACUAUGUUGCGCUUGAUCCGAAGCGGGAUGUCGUUCUCUACCGUUACACCGUCGACAUCACGAGGGCCAAGGAGAGUCGUGCUCCAAAACAGCUCGCGGCCCAGUCACAGAAAGUGACGCUUAGCCACAGUAGCAAUACUGCCACGGGCGGCGGAGCCAAGAAGGACGCAAAGACUGCGCCAAACAAGGUUUCCGGCAUGAAGAGGGCCUACAUAAUCGCCCAGCUGCUUGAUGAGUCUGAAGAGCUCAAGGCAGCUAAUGAGAACGGGGGUCUCGCGUCGGACUACCGGGACAUAUUGAUUACCAACAAACAGCUCUCCGAUCAUAGCCUCAUGCGGGUUGUCACCUUCCGGCACGCGACAUCGGAUUGGAGGCCAGAGCAGUACAAGGUUGUCCUGAGGGAACCGGAGGACACGGCCCACGCACUGAAGAUGAGCGAUUUGCUCGACUACUUGGGAUCGAGCAGUCCCGCAAAAGACUUCCACAAGGCCCUCUAUUCUCAAGUCCUCAACAUCUGGCUACGACAGUUUUCCAAGUCCUUCCAGAUUACCGACCCCUCGAGGCAGACUGUUGUCGGCAGCACAGCCUACGCGCUCAAUGGUGGAAUGACAUUGUCAGACGGCCCUAGUAAGGUGCAUGAGCCCAAAAGGACCGUGGGGCGGUCCGUCGACGCUAUCAGAGGCUACUUCUCCAGCAUCAGGUUCGGCGCUGCAAAGGCGUGGAUCAACGUGAACGUGACCUACGGGACAUUUUUCGAGCCGAUACUGCUGGACAAGUGGGUCAAAAAAGCAGGUCUGGACGACAAGCUCGCGACUUUGCACGCUACUCUCAAAGGGCUGCGCGUUCGGUUGAAGCAUCGGAAGGUUGCCGUCGACGGCGCUGAGAAGGAUAUCAUCAAGGUCAUAUCCGGUCUCGCCAGUAAGCAGGACGGCAAAGGCGAAAAGGGGGACCAAAAAGCUCAAAAGGCCCCCGACCAAGGACCACAGUUUCUAAACGAUGCCCCGGACACCGGCGCGACCUGUAGACAGGUGAUGUUCUAUGACAAGGGAAAGAAGGAACAUGUUUCCGUCUAUGAUCACUUUUGUAAAGCAUACCCGCACCGCAAAAUCAGCCCAAAUGAGCUCGUCAUCAACGUCGGCAGCCAGCUCCGUCCUUCUUACUACCCGAUCAGCGUUUGCGAGAUUCUCGAAGGUCAGAACUUCCGCUCGAAGCUCUUCGGAGAUCAGACCGCAAAGAUGAUCGCGCUUGCCCAGCUCAAGCCCAUACACAGCGCCAAGGUCAUUACUCGAGACGGCUUCCAGGUCAUCGGCAUUGGGAGCCAGCCUGGGGAAUCCGCGCCGCUGUUCCCAAGUCGUCCACACACAGAGGUCCUCGGCCCUUCACGCACACUGGCCCCAACGAGAGGGCGAAAACUUGAUGCUCCUCGCGUCUUGUACUCUAACAAACAGUCUCCUACGAUGGAGAGUGGAUGGUGGGUCCUCGGCGAGAAGGGGUUCCUGAAAAGCGGUAAAUCCGCCCGGUGGGCCAUGUUGCCGAUUGACAGGUUCUUGGCCGAGGAGUGGAAAAAGCUCAUCAAGCAAAUCGACGGUGAUAUGACCCGAAGGGGAUUCGCCCAAGACGCCCGCAAAACGCAACGGGAAUUUCAAAACGUGCUAACAAAGAAGUUUAGAGAGUUGCGGGAAGCUGGGUACAACUUUCUGUUUGUACUUCUGCCUGGGAAGGAUAUUGACCGGUAUAACAUGGUCAAGACUGCUGGCGACAUCGAAGUUGGGAUCGAUACAGUGUGCUUAGUCCAGAAGAACGCCCUCAACGACAGACGGAUGCACAAGAGAGACCAAUAUUGGGACAACAUUCUUCUCAAAGCGAAUCUCAAGCUGGGAGGAGUGAAUCACACAGUUGAAUGUGACGCAGCUGAGACAAUACUUUCCCAGCGGCGCGCCAUGGUCGUGGGUUACGAUGUCACACACGCGGUUCCAGGAGCGGGAGGCACCUCCUCCAGCAUUAUUGGCAUAGUGGCCAAUGUGGACAGCAACCUCGCCCAGUGGCCGGCAACAGUCGCCUUCCAGACGGAAGAGAACAAGGAGAUCGUGAAUGCCAUCAAGUGUUUCCAACAAUUGCUUGGACCUCACCUUGAACGGUGGGCCAAAUUCAAUGCGCGGAAGAACAAGACGAAGUACCCAGAGGCCCUUAUUAUCUACCGCGACGGAGUUUCCGAAGGCCAGUACAAUCAUGUCAUCGAGCAAGAAUCCACCCUGAUCCCAAGCUCCCCCAAAAUCACCAUCGUCAUUGUCGGCAAACGCCACCACACACGCUUCUACCCCAAGAAUGAACAAGCGGCCGACGAAAAGGGCAACCCAAAGCCGGGUACCAUUGUCGACCGCUCCAUCACAAGUCAGUUCUUAUGGGAGUUCUACCUCCAAGCUCACGAAGCCAUCCAAGGCACAGCUCGCCCGACCCACUACGUGGUCGUGGUGGACGAAUUCUUUGGCGCGAACUUUGGUCAGGAGCAGGACAAGCUUAAAAUAGCGCAGCCGUACCGGAACGCUGCGGAUGUCCUCGAGGACUUCACGCAUACGCUGUCAUAUUGCUUAGGGCGGGCGACACGGUCAACAGCGGUCUGCGUGCCGGCAAAGUUGGCAGACAAGGUGUGUGACCGGGCGCGGGUUUACAUUGCUGCCGGCAUCCCAGCUGACAACGAACAUUUGAAAAUCGCGGACACGUUGAAGGAUACCAUGUUCUACAUUUGA